ACAACUUGUCAGACAAAAAUGUUGAUGAAACGGUCCCCAGAGAUGGAGGAUAGAAAGAGGAGGGCAGAUAAAGGGAGGAGGAAGGGAGAUGGCGAAAUAUGUGCCUUUUGAAAAGAGGAAGGGAACAAGGUAGAUUGGAUCGGGUCUAGUAAGGAGUAUUUUGUGAGAUAAAAUAAAAAGAGGUAAGUUUGACAGAUCUAGGAGACAGAAAAGGGAAUGGGUUAAAUUGUUAGAGGGGAAUCUUCAUCAUAAUGCUGUCCUUGUAAAUGAAUAGAAUGAAUAUUUGAUAGUGUAUUAAUGAGAAAGAAAACAAAACACUUGCAAUUGAAAAACGUUGAGAUGCAGGGAGUGGGCGUCGCAUUCUUUUUGGUGCACAAGUGAUAAAUAAAAAGAAAUGGACAUUGGGAGGGAAAGUGAGAGGGGAGAGAGAAAUGGUAUUACUCUAUGAUUUGUGUGUUUGGGUGCAAGAGACGGGUGUGUGUGAGCGAGAGGGAGAGAGAGUUCUAACGAGCUUCGUAAAAAUGAAACGGCGACCUGAAGAAAGUUUGGAUAUAAAUUAUUGCAAACCUUUAUUUCAAUCUAUGACUAUAAUAUAAAUUUGUCUUAUGCCGAAAUACUAGUAACGUAUUUACCCUCCUUUUUAAAGUAUAUUAAUACGUCACAUAUGUAUUUCUAAUAAAGAGGAACUUGACCUGCGCACAUUAUUUCUACGGUACGUAGUUAUUACGUCACAAGAAUAAAGGCGCGUAAACAGUUAUUGCGCAUGGCAACAGUUUGAACGCAGUAUAGUAUACAGUGGACGCGUUUGCCACCUUUUUUUCUUGGUAUUUUUCCGCUUUUUUACUUUAAUCGAAAUCGCGUUUGGUGAUGUGAUUUAUCAAAGUCUGAUAACAAGAUCUCAAAGUUAGAGAUGCACAACAUUUCUGAGUAUCUUUCACCGUCAGGAAAUUCCAUGGCUUCACUUUUUACUGCAAAUCCGUUUGGCUUUCUAUUUAAAUUAGGAGAUAGCGAUGAGGUAGGUUCCAGACAGUCUUCAGACUCCGGGAGCAUGGACAGGAACACCAUUUCAGAUCUUCAGGUACGAAUGAUGAUGUGGGAAUUCGAAGCAUACUUGAAUGGCGAUCACACGAAAGAUGGGACGCCGACAAACUCCACUUGCGAACUCGGUGAUGAAGGCUUGAAGCCAUCUUGCUUUCAGAACUUCACAUCUCUCGUGAAUUCGGGAAAGUCAAACACGUUCUUGAAAGAUCACCCAAGAAAGAGACUCAAGCUUGAGCAACUUUGCGGAGAGCUCCACUAUAAGAACUCGAGGAAGGUGAUGGAACAGUUCCGUGACUGUGUCCUCAGUGUCAGCCCGCCUCUGAAGUCGUCGAAGAUGACGGAACUGUUCGAGAUUAUCCUGAGAGAAACACUGGAAGGACAGAGGGACGCAGAAGCAGCGUGGCGAGCUGACCCUCGUAACAUGAACAAGCUGAGCACAGAGUACAUCGGGAGCAGAAUCUCUCGUGCGGUGGGCACUGUGAGCUCGCUAUUCAAUCAAACUUCUAGUAAGGUCAUGCCAGUUGUCGAUUUUCUCCUCGGCACCGAUGACGAUGAGGGCUCCGGAACGGAUGACGGAAGCCAAACGCAGCCACCCUUCAACGGGUCCGACAGCGAAAUGGCGCCAGGUCACGACCGCGUAAUCAUGCAAGGCGUGCGUGAACUUGAACGGCGCAGAGCUGGUGAAAGGCAACCCCGUUGCACCUUGCGAGUCAAUGAUGAAACACAGAUCAAGGGUGAUCAUGAAAUACCAUGUGCUGGAACGUCUGGUAUGUCUCAGUUGCCACAUCCAGGAACCCUCCUGUUGGAAGCGAUUAUGUCCUCAAUGACAGCGGAUUUGCCCAGGGAGUUGAUAGAAACAUCAACAACUGCGCAGAUACCAUGGAUACUGAGAUCGAAAUGCAAACUUUCCGCAACAACGCGUUCAUCCAUGACGAUAAAAUGAUUCUUAUUGAGAAAGAGAUGAAAGUCAAACGUAAACCUGGCAAAAUAAUGAAAAGAAUUGCCGAAGGCUCAGUGUGUAGCGAUGACAUAUAUCUCGAUGUGCAGCUCUAGCUCUAGUUUUCAUGACGAUAUGCUGGAGUUCCCUCGAACAUGAUUAAAUUAUUUGGUCCAGAAUUACUCGAUAAAAAUAUUCUUAGCUCUUCACUCUACUAGGAGGUAUAUGAUGGGGGGGGGGGGGAAUUAUACAUCGAAAAGAGCCUGCAUCCCCAUCUUCAAACAAGAAAUGACAGGUGUUGAGAAUACGAGUAUUGCGUUGAUCGCAACACUUUUUCAAAGCAACCGUUUAGUAGAAUUUUGCAAAGAUUUUCAGAAGCUUAGCAAUUUUAUCCAAACUUAAUUGAAUAUAAUAUGAUCCACUGUAAUUCUUUGAGUAUCGGCAAACACAAUCCCGUGAUUAAUAAAGCUUUUUAUCUCUGCAUCAAAACAGGGGGUUUCUAAUUAUCUAUAAUCCAUGAAGAACAGGACCCAGUAUUACCCCAAAAAUACGAUGGAUUCAAACUCAAAUUGCGAUUUAUUUUCAAUUGGUCCAAUGGCAAUUUUUCCAAUUACCAACUAUCUACUAUCAUUUGCUCUAUCAUCAGUUCCUCCACUAUCUACAUGGUCUGAUUGCCAUUUCGUCCGCUCACCGUUUUGUCUAGUAACCAGUUGGUCUAAUAGCCAUAUGUACAAUUUGGUCUAAUCAGACUAAGUGCCAAUUAAUUUGGUAAAAUGAAUGAAAAGGAAAUGAGUAGGCCUGUAAGACCAACUGGGUACGAGAUGAAAUGGUCAUCAUGGAUUAUCUGGUGAUUAUUGGACCAAAAUGGUUCUUAGACGAACAUUUUAUUGGCGGAAUUGCAUUAAUUAUGAAGGUAGACUAGCUGUAAAUGUAAAUUGUUAUGAUAAGGGUCAAUGUGUCAUUUGAACUUUAAGUUCAGUAUGCAUAUUUCUUUACUAAUUAUGCAGAGUUUAUCAAGUGUUGGUCGGAUCGAUUUAUGGGGGCAGCGCCAUGGAAGGGAGGGCGCGCUAUCGGCCACUACGUUUCCUAUGAACGUGUU